UGGUUUCAGAAAGUGGCAGAGAAGGGUUAUGAAAGGUCAAUGCACAAUCUUGCCUUAUGUUACAAAAAUGGUGAAGGGAUAGAGAAGGACUUGGAAAUGGCCUUUUACUGGUUUCAGAAAGCGGUAGAAGAGGGUCAUGAAUGGUCAAUGCACAAUCUUGCCUUAUGUUACAAAAAUGGUGAAGGGACAGAGAAGAACUUGGGAAUGGCCUUUCACUGGUUUCAGAAAGCGGCAGAAAAGGGUGAUAAAGAAUCAAUGCACAAUCUUGCCUUACAUUAUAACAAUAGUGAAGAAAUAGAGAAGAACUUGGGAAUGGCCUUUUACUGGUUUCAGAAAGCAGCAAAGAAGGGUCAUGAAGAGUCAAUGAACAAUCUUGCCUUAUGUUUCAAAAAUGGUGAAGGGACAGAGAAGAACUUGGAAAUGGCCUUUUACUGGUUUCAGAAAGCAGCAGAAAAGGGUAAUAAAUGGUCAAUGAACAACCUUGCCUUAUAUUACAACAAUCAUGAAGGAACAGAGAAGGACUUGAAAAUGGCCUUUUACUGGUUUCAGAAAGCAGCAGAGAAGGGUGAUGAAUGGUCAAUGCACAAUCUUGCCUUAUGUUAUGAA